AUGUAUGCUCCCAAGAUGCCAUCCAGGGUGUGUACCAUAUGCAACAAGUCAGUGGUGGCAGCAUUUUAUACUGUCCCCCUCUCCAGCUCCCACCCUAAUACCCCACUGAAAUCCUCAGUCUUCAGAACUACCUGGUUCCCUUGGGACUUGGGCACCUGGUCAAAAGCUCAUCCUGCAUUCCUGCAGAAAUGUCUUGUCCCAGCCAAGAAGUCGGCGGGUGGUGCUCAUGGCCUCCCAUCAUCGUUGCAGGUGGAGGAAGGCUCUGAGAGUUUCACUGAGCACAGUGAGCGCCUCAGCCUCUGA